AUGGCUCUGAGAGAACCCCACCCCACAUUCUUACUGCCCCUUGCCCUGCUGGCCACCUGCCUGGCUCUAACCCUCAGACAGGGAUGGAACCCGCUGAACAACAUAUUCCAGAAACAGCACAUGAACUUCCCCAAGACCCCCGCCACCAAUGACCACGCCUAUUGCAACAGAAUGAUGUGGAUCCAGGUGAUGUACUGGAAAUACAUCAACACCUUCAUCCGCGCAUCGAACGUGAACAUUAACAAAGUCUGCACGACAGAUGGGGCAUCCAACGGGCCCUACCAGUACGUGAGCAUGCGUUCCUUCUACAUCACCAUCUGCACAUUUCACCCCUGGAGCAUCUCUUACACCAGGAUCAGCGCAGUCCAAAGAAUUGUCAUCUUCUGCCGGAAUGAUCUCCCUUUUUAG